CGUCAGAACGUGAUUCGAAGCCAAGCUACGCUCCUAUCUGCAACUUGGAUUCUCUCUUAAACUAACGCUAACCUGCCAAUGCAUUGAUCAACAUGUUUAAGUUCAUCAAAUAUUGAGUGUGUUUUGUGUUUGUGAUUCAGGUCAUCCCCAGUUUCUACAUCAUGUUUAAGAUUCCAAAGCAUCAGGUUGCUGGUCAUCAAGCCAUUGAUGGAAAUCUCGGCCCGCUCGUAGACGAUUCAGGACGUUUCUACAAGCCUCUCCAGGACGAUGAACGCGGCACCACGGAGCUGGCCUUCUAUCAAUCAUUCUCUUCCAAGCUUCCACAUCACAUCCGCGGGUUCUUUCCUGUUUUUUACGGCACCCAACUUGUGGAGGCCUCUGAUGGGUCUGGUUUACAUCCCCAUCUUGUCUUACAAGAUAUAACCUCCAAUCACCUUAAUCCAUCCAUCUUGGACGUUAAAAUCGGUUCCAGAACCUGGUACCCUGAAGCAUCCGAAGAUUACAUCCAAAAGGUUCUCGAGGGAGACAGAUUAACGACUACUGUCACCUUAGGGUUUAGAAUAUCUGGAUUGCAGAUAUAUGAAAGCAAGGAAUCGGGAUAUUGGAAGCCAGCAAGGAAGGAAGUCAAGAGUUUUAGUGCCGAUGAUGUUAGAUUAGUUCUGAGGAAGUUUGUUUCAUUAAAUCUGGAACCGGAACCGGAUUGUUGUUUUGCUUCUACCAUAUAUGGUGGUUGUUCAGGGAUUUUGGAACAAUUAUUGGAGCUGAAAGCAUGGUUCGAGGAUCAAACGGUUUACCAUUUUCAUUCAUGUUCACUUCUCCUCUUGUUUGAUAAAGAAUCGGUUUUGAAUGGAAGGACAGUACCGUUUAAAGUUAAACUCAUCGAUUUCGCUCAUACUGUGGAAGCUAAAGGUGUUAUCGAUCAUAAUUUCCUGGGUGGACUAUGCUCCUUUAUCAAGUUCGUCUCUGAGGUUCUCACAGAUUUCAAAGUACCCACAAUCGAAGCUCGUUUUAAUUAAAGAACCUGAGAAGAAAUGGAUAUGUAGUAACAGAAAGUGAUGAAUUAUCUGUUUCUUGACUUAAAGCUAUGAGAGAAUGUUGUCAAAUAAGUGAAUACCUUUGAUGUGUUUUCAUAUAUGAAUCGGGUUGUGUUUAUAUCAUAGUAAGUGUAAGUAAACAUAUUUUCUCCGUAGAGAAGGCCGAAGGGUUAUAUGUAAAAAUAGACCUAAAAAUGGCUAGGUUACUAAGGAUGGAAGUCGCCAAUGGAUAGUAUGUCAUCUAUAUAUCCAUAUUAUCUUUAAAUAA